GCCCUUGCGGGGCGUGUGGCGGGAUUGCGGCCGGCCCCAUCCAUGGCUUGUGCCGCCUGGGCCGGGCGGGGUUGGGGCAGUGCUGUGGGCCAGCGCUCUCCGCCCCAGCACGUGGCCACUGGAGCCUGGAUGGCCACAGCAGGGGCUCAGCACCGUGGCCACCUGCUGCUGGCACGCGUCUCGUCUCAUCUCCACCCGGUGCGGCGACACUGACUCCAGCCUCAGGCACCCUCGUGCCUGGGGCUGAUCCAGUGGGGUCGCAGGGGUCCCGUCCAUGCUGUGGGUGGGUGCUGGGGAGAUGCAGGAGCCUGGCAGCUGUGGGGAGAAGAGCAGGAGCCCAAGGGCAUUGCACUCGGGCUCUGAAACAAAAGGCCACUUUAGGAAGUAAGCUGGUGCCAGCACCGCAGCCCCAACCCUCCCCGCGCCCGGGACGAGGCCCCUUGGUGUGAGGGGUGGUGGCAGCUGCCUGCCAGGCCCCCGCCCGGCUUCUGCGCUGUCGCGUUUCCUCAUUCCUUGUUUCACGCACAAAUAAACUGUGACUACUUUGGUGCAGGCAACGUGAGGUCUGUGGCACGGAGGUAUUCCCGGUGCAGUUUGAGGCCAGCUACACUGAGCAUGCAACCCGGGGACCCCACUGAGCUGGUGCACAGCACCCACAGCCUGGUUCCCCUCGACUGGCCUCCUCCCUCUGCACCAGAUCCCUCCGCUCCACCCACCCGAGCCGCCGCGUGGGGAGCUGGCUCGGGCCAGGCAGCUGCUGGAUGGAGCAUGAGUCUGAACCGGGAGCAUGGGGCCCAAGCCAAGAGCUCCCUCCCUGGCAGAGCUGGGACCCCGUCUGCCCGAAGGGGUGCCCAGGACGGGGGGCAGCCGGCUGCCAGGGAGCGAGACGGGAGGUGGCUUGUGCCCAAGCUGCAGCGCAGCAAGGGCAGCUGGGCAGGGAUCCGUGGUCAGGGGCUCCCUCGGAGCUGCCCCGGCUGGAAGAGGCGAGGCGUGGUGCUGGCAAGAGCAGCUUUGACUCCCAGCCCCAGAGCCCGAACGGGCCCCUGAGACGCACCCCUGUGCCCACCCUGCUGGCCGAGCCCCGGGAGCCGGGCUCUGCCCUGAGCCAGGCAGCGGGAAGGAGGGCGCGGGCACAUCACCCUGGCCGUGGGGUGGUGCAGCGCUGGCGUCCACAGCAGAGGUGGUGCGGGGCAGGGGCUGGUGCCUGGGGGAGGCACCAGGGCGGGGGCCGUGCCAUUGGAGCCGGUCGUUCUGUGCUGCGGGAUUUGGGAGCAGAGCGUGGUGGCUGGGCCGUCGGGUGCUGGCGAGAGCGAGGGACGGGGCAGGCGGGGGCGCAGUGUGGCCAGGGCACGUUCUCCUGCCUGGCAGAGGCAUCGCCACGGCCUCAGUGCAGAGGGUGCCGGCUCCCGCUUGGUGCAGCCAGCAGGUCGGGACUGGGCCUCUUUGCCCCGGAAGUCGGAAGGGAGGUUGUGCAGCAGAGGCGUCCGGUCUGUGGCAGCCCCAGGCCCUGCUCCAAGUCGGGCGCGCAGGAUGAGGAGCUGGAAGCGCUGGGCACCUCAGGGCAGCUUGGUGAAUGUGCGCGCGCGGGUGGAGGGUGGGCGCAGGUGCGCCUGGCGGCUGGACGCAAGCAGAUCCUGACGCCAUCCAGCCAUUGCACUGGGUUGGUGCAGCGCGUCUGCAAUGGGCCAGCCUCUUGGGGCUGCUCCCAGGCACGCGCGGCCUCUUACCAGAGCUUCGUGUGUCUGGGAGCAGCCCUGAGCUGCCCCUGCACCCCCGCCGGCCGGCAUGGGGGCACAGUACCCGCCGCUCACCCUUGUGUCUGCGCCGCCCCGGCACCAUGCCCCUGGUAUGAGCUUCCCUAGCGUAGACGAGGCCCCGCUGCGCUCAAGCCCCAGGGAAGCAGUGACUGUGGGGCCGUGACAGCAGCCCUCCAUGGUGUCGGUUGGCAGCAAGCGUGGGCUCCCUGCUCGCCGAUUCUGGAGGGACGCUGCCCUGGAGGCUGGCGCGUGCCCGUGCCCAGGCCUUGCGGUGCUCCAUGCCUCCUGGUGCCGGCGGUCCCUGCAGGAGUGAAUCUACCUCGUAGGGAAACCUCGGCAUUGGUGUCGCUGUCGUGUUCCUAGGACAUGUUUAAUCUGUGUUUGCCCUUGGCGGAGCCCUCGGGCGCUCCUGGUGCUAUUGUAGACUUUUGGCAGCUGUGUGUGUUGUCCCCCCACCCCCUGCCGGGGCGGGGUGUGGGUCCCUCACAAGCCGAAUCUCCCCUCUUCUGAGCCCGGGGAGACCCUGCUCCUCUGCCGCCAGCCGCUUGGAAGCUCCCUCGCCUGGGGCAGGGCUGAGCAGGCCCCGCGGGGCUUCUCGGUCCGGUGGUGCCUCCUGAGCGCUGACCCGGAGGAACCGAGCCUUGGACUUCGACCUUGGCACUGGGGAACAGCCUCGCGCCGGGGUGGGCUGGAGCCGUGGCAGGAGUCGGGGCACCCGUCGGCCUGAGCACUGGCAAGACGGGGCCGGCAGCAGAAGGGUGAGGCGGCCUGUCCUGCGCUGGCCCCCCGGGAAGGCGAGAACAGGAAGCUGAGACAAUCCACAUGGGCCCAGGGUGCAGUUCCAGCCAGCGCAGCCUGUGCCGGGAGGAGCUAGGUGGGGACGCAGCCGCGGAGCAGGCAGCAGCAGGGGACCCACGGCCACAGGGUCCUGCAGCAAG